CACAAAGAAACCACGUUUGCUCAUUUUCGUUAUUCCCUUAAAAACAUGGGAAGAUGAAAGAAAAAAACUAACACAUAAAAAGAUUGUGAGUUUACUUUCAUUGAUUUUCUCUCUGUAUCAUUAUUUUUUUUGUGUAACAGAAAUAAUAUCGCGUUACGAUACGAAGAAGAUGAUGGAGAUAAAGAAAAAGUUAAAAGGAUCAAAUGUAUUGAUUGGGAUGUUAAUAGUUCAAGUGAUAGCAACUGGAUUACAACUUCUUUCAAAAGUGAUUUUAAGUCACGGGACAUUCGUUUUUGCCCUAAUGACUUAUCGUCAUGUUGUUGCUACUCUAUGCAUAGCCCCUUUUGCUUUAAUUUGGGAAAGGGAUAGUUUGAUGAAAGUUACGUGGUCAGUUUUAUUCUGGCUGUUCAUGAUCGCAUUAACUGGGAUCAUCAUGGCUAUGGGUUUUUUCUAUUAUGGCCUCAAAGAGACAAGUGCUACAUAUGCUACUAACUUUCUCAAUCUAGUUCCAAUUGUGACCUUUAUCUUCUCAACUGUGUCACGUGUGGAAAAGUUAAGAUGGAAGACGAGGCUUGGUAAAAUUAAACUUUUAGGUGCAAUUUUGUGCUUGGCUGGAGCAUUGACAAUCACUUUUUACAAAGGGAAAGUUUUCUAUAUCAGUCAUCACCACAAGCAUCAAAACAGUUCCAAUUAUCAUGAGCAUAAACUUCGUGGGACUAUAUUUUUGAUGUGUAGUUGUAUGUCUUACGGUUGUUGGUUCCUUAUACAGUCUAAGGUGUCCAAACUGUUCCCAUACAAAUAUUCUGCAACGUUUAUUAUAUCCAUCAUCGCGACUAUCCAAAGCGCGAUUAUUGGAGUAUCAAUGGAUAGAAGAAAAGCCUCUUGGAAGCUGGGAUUCGAUAUGCAGCUAAUUACAAUUUUUUACUCGGGCGCAUUGGCAACGGCAGCAACAUUGUGCCUCAUAUCAUGGGCAGUUACAAAAAGAGGACCAACUUACCCUUCUAUGUUCAAUCCUCUGUCAUUGAUAUUUGUAGCUAUCGCGGAAGCUUUCUUCCUUGGUGAAGAAAUCAGUAUCGGAAGCUUGCUUGGCAUGUUUCUUAUCAUAGUGGGAUUGUAUUCAUUCCUUCGGGCAAAAAGCAAAGAGUUCAGUCAAAUUGGAUCACCAAAUGUAGGGGACGCUGAAGUACCAUCACCUGAAAUUGAAGCAACAACGCCUCGUUCAAACAUGGAAUUACCAAUUUUAGCACGCGAAAGUGCUACAUUUCAAUCAACAACAAUACAAGUUGCUAGUCCAAUUCUAAAACAAGACGAAGACGAAGAAGAAGAAGAAGAAAAACAAUGCAUAUGAUAUGGUUGUAUGUUUUUGUGGAUGCUAAUGUAAGGGCAAAGAGUACUAAUUUUGUGCAACAACAAACAAAAACAUAGUAAUUAAAGAGUAUUAAAAAUUUUGUGAGUAA